AUGAAGUACCAAUUCACCGUCGCCGCCUUUGCCGGCUCUGCUUUCGCUUCCCUCGAGGCCUACGGUGCCCCUCCACCAGCCUACGGUGGUGAGGAGGCUGUCUCCAGCUCUUCCUCUACCUCUGCUGCCCCAACUGCCCCAGUCUACGGCGGCGAGACCACCUCAUCUACCGCUGCCCCAUCGACAACUGCCCCAGCCUCGCCAGAGUCGACCACCUCCGCACCAACUGCUCCAGGCUACGGUGGUGACAAGACCGUCACCGACGUCGUCAGCUCCUACGUUACCUACUGCCCGGAGCCAACCCAGUUCACCCACGAGGGCAAGACCUACACCGUCACCGCCGCCACCACCCUCACCGUCUGCCCCAAGUGCGAGGAGUCCACCUCAUCGGCCUCCGAGUCCAAGACCAAGCAGCACCCAGAGACCACCGCCGAGACCACCGCCCCCACCGCACCAGUCUACGGCGCCCCAUCCUCCACCAAGCCAGUCGAGAACUCCCCAGAGCAGAGCACCGCCUCCAGCUCGGCCCUAACUGCUCCAGUCUACGGUGCUCCAUCGUCCAGCUCCGGCAUCCAGACCGCCACCGUCCCAGCACCAUACCCAACCGGCAACGGCACCACCCCAGCCGGCCCAACCGGCACUGGCGUCUCUGCCAGCGGUACCGCCCCACCAGCCUACACCGGUGCCGCUACCCAGCUCGCCGGUGGCGCCGCUGCUGGUGUCGCUGGUCUCUUCGCUGCUUUCUUCUUGUAG